CGGACUUCCGAUGCAACACUAUUCCACACUUUUUCGAUGUACUCUCCUACAUUGGUUCCUUGCAACAACAUAGACAAAAGAGACAGCAAGUCGGCUACUGCAACGCAGUCAACACCUCCGCAGUUGUUACAUUCGUCGCCACCGCUGCUGCCGUCGUCCAAUUCCCCAUCGCUGCAUCCAUCGAAUCCACCAUCGCCGCUUGGGUCGUCCGAUUCCACCCUUGUUGUAGCUCUUUGCCCGAAAGACGCCGACGAAACCAUCACGACCAUAAUGCCACCGUUGGUGACAUGGACGGUGAAAUCCCUGGGCCACUCACGAUUGCGACUGUCGCGGCUUGAGCGGUCCCGCGAAGAAAUUGAGUCCCUAUCGAUCCCCACCAAGCGAUUGCCGUUGGAGGAGAAAGAACAGCACACGGUGCCGUCUUCGAACUUGCAUUCUUCAUGCGCAAAAACGCGCGCAGUUGCAACCAAUCACGAUUCCCAAAAGAGGCGAAAAGAGAGCGAUGACGAAACCUCCAUUCCAGUACAACCAGUCUUAUUGCGUGAUGACACAUCACCCAGACGCAAUUCCGAGACAGAACAAAGUGAAAUGRUUCCAACUUAUUCUUCUUCUCAUGUUCGCASCGGUUUGAACAGCAGAAUGACACCACAAAUCGUGAACGRCAGUUCGGAUGGUGAUCAGCCCAGUCGACAUCCACCAAUGAAAAACGCGAAUUCAGGUAUGCUGACAAAAAGUGCUUCAAAAAGUAAUUCAUUCAUUCGUAUUUCCCCGUCGCCCCAAACUCAAACAAAUAAUGCUGAAGCAGCAUCACUAAGUACUAAAAAGACCUCSACAGAGCCAGUUAAAAAACACAUCACACAGAACAACACAGCAGGAAAACGAAACAUAUUGUGCUCUUCCACAACAGGGAACAACAAAGAAGAUACCAAUUUGUCAUCGGUGGUUGUCCUUCGAGAUUUCAUUGGCGGCAAUGUUAUCGCCAACUCGUCUACGACUGAAUCAGCACUAGUACCCCCCACCUUGACACCAUCGUCGUCCUCAUCAUCAGUAGAAACAAAAACCGAAAACGAAACCCGCCUGGCUUUGAAAAAGGACGGUCCUCCUGCUAGCAAAACUAUGGAGGCUGUGGACAAGCAGGGCAAACGUCCCUUGCCAUCCAUCCGACAACAACAGCUACCACUGCAACAGGAAUCUGCUCCAUCCAAAUCACUAAACAACAACACCGACAUUKCUCCCUCACCAACUCAGRAGAACAGUAUAGUGUCGUCUCUGMCAAGCGAAAAGGGACCUCAUCUGAAACUUCARAGUGACAACCAAAGUCUGUCUAGCACAAUAAAAGACGCAAUCGUAGUCCACCCGACACCGCCUGUGACAMAGGCGCAAAAAGUAGAAACCAUUCGACCUCUUAAACCAGAGGUGUCAGCCACGAAACAAGCGUCAUCUGGUGAAUUACCAUCAGCAUUGCCCUCGAAGCUAGAAUCAAAACCAGUGUCUUCGUCUACCAAGAAAGAAGCGAUAGGCCCCUCUGACAAACAAUCAAUACCAAGCAGACUCAUACCUCUAGCCGGUAAACCAUCUCCUACCAUGUGCCCCGCUCUUCCCGCAAAAUCAAUUCACUCGGUGGGCGCCAACAAGGCGGACAGGAGUUCCAUGUCUUCGCCAAGCAGCGUUGCACCCCAACCCACAACGAGCAACAACUUUCAAUCCAAGAAAAACCUCAAGACCGGCCACCCUUCGACUCCCGGCAGCAAGAAGAGAAAGCGCAGUGGAUCCGACAGCACCGCCUCGACUUCCUCGAAGCCAAAGGGCCAAUCCUCCGGCCGGUGGACCGCAGACGAGCACCAGGCCUUUCUCGAGGGGCUUGCGGAGUGCGGCAGGGAAUGGAAGAAGGUCGCGCAGCGGAUCCCCACCCGAAGCUCGGCCCAGAUCCGAUCGCACGCGCAGAAGUACUUUGCCAAGCUCCAAAGGGACCAGGAAACCUCGGCGGCCACAACGGCGGUCAACGCCGUGUCUGGCUCUCUAAUCCAGGGGGACCUGGCGGCAGCGGCCGCCAAUUGUGCCAGCACCACAUCGUUUCUGAUGACGGGGGUUCCGCUUGCKUCKGGCGGGAGCCUCGUUGUUGUGGGAGAAGGGGGGCGCCUCUCGGGGACCAUUGUCACCGGUCCGGCGGCCCUGCCCCCGUCGGUACAGCGUAACGUUGAGCGGAUCGUUGCCAAUCCCCGAGCGGCGCAGCGUGAGGUAGAGGACACCAUGGAGGCGCUCCGCAGGCGCUACCGUCAGCUGCAGCAGCGGUUGGAGGAGCGGCGGAAGCAGCGGGACGAAAAGCGAAAACGCCGGCAGCAACAACAAUCCACACAGCAGCAGCCGUCCGUUCUAUCGUCGAAUGCGACCGAAUCCACCGAUGAUUCGAGCAGCACCAUUGCUUCCUCGCACCAGUUACCGCAAGCCCGACAAACGACAACGACACCAUCCGAGCAACAAAGCCGUUCCCCGAAACAACCCUGCAAUCCCUGYCGAAAGCGUGCAUUGAACCUUCCUAUGAAUCGCAACCAACCGAACAGCAAACGUAGCAACGGUCGAUCGUCGUCUCCCCCUACGGGCGACGAAAAUUCCUCCGUAUCGUCCAACGUCUCCUCGAUCGCCGCAAGCCGGACGGACCUGGGGAACGAGGAGAUUGUCGCCCUCGAGGUAUUGGGUGAGGCUCUCCCCAGGGGGGAUUCCGUCAACGAUCUCCAAGUACUGGACAGUAGAGACCCUUUUGUGGCAUUGAGGGACGACACGGUACCAUCCGCUCCCGAAGUGCCUAUUGUUCUCGGCAUCCAUCAAAGCUUGGUACCAAACAGUGACGRCAACARCACCAAGCAUCACCAAGUCGAUCCSGGACUGAAGACAACCAAAUAACCAGAUAAAUGACGACCAYGAGAAAAGCAUAAUCCAUGAUUGUGAUAUGCUGUGCUGCUGUUCUGUCUCAGUGRAUGGGGAAAGAAACUUCUUUACUGUUGCACCUCGCAGAAACUGUCUUUGACGAACAAAUGCCAAUCGUGAACUUCCCGGUUGCAAGAUACCGAAAAAUGCUAGGAAUCWGACGAACCAAACUUGCUGUCCAGCUGGCGACAUACAAAACAAGAUGGUGCUAUGAACGCAAAACCAAAAUCCUUGGCCCUUUGCACUGCAUAGGAAAUAGAGCUGCCGCUUGACACACAUGGGUUGGAUCUCACCAGGACGGGAAUCCGCAAAUAUUAGAAACCUUCCCGCGUGCCUGGGAAAUCGGAUCGAGCGAGAAAUUGACUUUUUGCAAACAGGUAUAACAUCCCGAUAUCGUUGUUCGAUCACUGAAGAAAUYCUCCGCCUGUGUCUUGACGAGGAUAAAAAGUCCACUGGCAACUCUUUCAAAAAAGGGAGAAAAAUACUUUCUCUUGGCCACGAGGUUCAAACCAUUUUGUAGAAUGCUUUGKCUUUGAAAGAAGAGGAACGUGGACAAAGUUUGGGGAAAUAUAUGGGCAAAYUGCACUCACUAAGCAGGACAAUAUCUUCGCUGGUGGUGAUCGAAGACGAUUUCUAUUCUUUCUGGGCUCGCAAAUAUGAUGGUGAUGACUCUUUCGUUCGAAUGAUUGAAAGGCUCACAAUAGAACMGUUUUUGCAAUUACAGCUGUACACUAACCAGAUGUAAUUAAUAUUAUUUACCACAACCUCCGCAUACACUGUCGGCAARCGUUGCAAGAACACGGCAAAAUAAUUUCUGUAUUAUAGAUCAAUUCAUUGACUCAUUAAAAUUAUCUAUACAGU